AUCGCAACCGCCAUUUAUAUUUCACCGCCAUUUCACAUCAACCCUAGUUGCGAAGAAGAUGACUCAGAUGGAAAAUCAACUGUGCAAGCUGUUUGUCGGCGGCCUCAACGUCCAGACCACCGACGACGGCCUGCGAAAUCAUUUUGAGCAAUACGGAGCGCUCACGGACUGCGUGGUCGUGCAGAACCAGCAGCUGAAGCGCUCGCGUUGUUUCGGUUUCGUGACGUACUCGAGCCCCGAGGAGGCGGACUCGGCCAUGGCGGCCCGACCGCACGUUCUUGACGGUAACACCGUCGAGCUGAAGCGGGCCGUGGCCCGGGAAGACGCAGGCAAACCCGAGGCCCUCGCGAAGGUGAAGAAGAUAUUCAUCGGCGGGCUUAAAGACGACAUCGAGGAGGAUCACCUCCUCGACUGCUUUUCCCAGUUCGGCGCGGUGGAGAAGGCGGAGGUUAUCACGGACAAAGAGACCGGAAAGAAGCGCGGCUUCGGCUUCGUGUAUUUCGAGGACAACGACUCGGCCGAUAAAGCAGUGGUGCUCAAGUACCACGUUAUUAACGGGCAUAAAGUGGAAGUGAAGAAAGCCCUAACCAAGCAGGAGAUGCAGGCCGCUGGGAGUCGUGGUGGCCGCGGCGGGAGGGGGAUGGGCAGGCCCCAGAACGGCUACGGCGCGCGCGGCGGCGGGUACGGGAACUACAGCAGCGGCGGCGGGUAUGGAGGCAAUGACGGCUACGGCGGAGGCUACGGAGGCGGGUAUGGGGGAGGCUACGGGGACCAAAUGGAGGGCUACGGCGGUGGUAACGGCUACAAUGACUUUGGCAGCGGCUAUGGCCAGCAGUCCUCUGGCUAUGGCCCAAUGAAAGAGAGAACACAAUGGAAGGAAUUAAAUAAAAUCUCACUUCCAAACGCGGCCGCUUGAUGAACCUCUGCUGCGGCUGUGAAUCCAGUUGGUCUGAAAGAUAAAGAAAACUCCACGUUCUAGCAGAGUUUGCAUAUGAAUAUGCCAGAUUCCCGUGGACCUUGGAGAGCCAAGAUGUCCGUGAUCUGGUACGUGGAGGGCGACUGCAUUCGGUUCCCUUGACCGAAGUUAAAUAAAAUGCGCAAUGGCAAAUUGCACAUGGACAUGAAUAAACAUAACAUUGAAUGAUUGAAGAAUUCAAUAAAAAAAAUGACUGGAUAA